ACUACAGCUCCCGGCAUGCCCGGCGCGCGGUACCUGCCCGCCCCCAGCCGCCGCGCCCGGAGGAUGCAGACGCCGGGGCGAGCGGGGAGGAUGGAGGCCGGGGAGGCAGCGCCGCCGGCGGGGGCGGGCGGCCGCGCGCCGGGCGGCUGGGGCAAGUGGGUGCGGCUCAACGUGGGGGGCACGGUGUUCCUGACCACCCGGCAGACGCUGUGCCGGGAGCAGAAGUCCUUCCUCAGCCGCCUGUGCCAGGGGGAAGAGCUGCAGUCGGACCGGGAUGAGACUGGGGCCUACCUCAUUGACCGUGACCCCACCUACUUUGGGCCCAUCCUGAACUUCCUCCGGCAUGGCAAGCUGGUGCUGGACAAGGACAUGGCCGAGGAGGGGGUCCUGGAGGAAGCCGAGUUCUACAACAUCGGCCCGCUGAUCCGCAUCAUCAAAGACCGGAUGGAGGAGAAGGACUAUCCCGUCACACAGGUCCCCCCCAAGCACGUGUACCGUGUGCUGCAGUGCCAGGAGGAGGAGUUGACGCAGAUGGUCUCCACCAUGUCAGACGGCUGGCGCUUCGAGCAGCUGGUGAACAUCGGCUCCUCCUACAACUAUGGCAACGAGGACCAGGCUGAGUUCCUGUGCGUGGUGUCCAAGGAGCUCUACACCUCCCCGCACGGGCUGAGCUCUGAGUCCAGCCGCAAAACCAAGAGCACGGAGGAGCAGCUGGAGGACGAGCGGCGGCAGGAGGUGGAACAGGUGCAGGUGGAGCCCAGUCCUCCCAGGAGCCCGCUAACCUUUUCUCCCUCCCGCCACCGCCGCCUCCUCCGCUUCCCGCGGGAGGCCCCGCCUCAUCUUCAUCCACCUCUUCCUCCUCCUGGAUCUCAUCUGCACCCUGCCUCUUCCCUCUCUGCCCCUGUCCGGGUUUCCUCUCUGCCUGCUCACGCCUCCAUCCCCGGGCCGCCCCGGCCCCCGCCUCCCGCGCCCUCCACCCAGGCGCCCCGGCCCCCCCGCAUCCCAGAGCCUCCCGCCUGCCGCCUCCCGCGCCCCCUCUGGCGCCUGCCGCCUCCCGGCCUGGGGACGAGGGUCGUGGCCGCGUCUCCUUGGCGCCCGCCAGCCCCGCCGGGCACCCCUGAGGCCGGGCCGCCCCGCCCAGCGCCUCCCGUCCUCGCCGCCGCCGCCGCCGCCGCCGCCUCACGUUUCCUCCUUGCAGGUCCCCGUCUGCACCCCUCAGGGCUGAGGCUGCGCUUGCAGCGAGGGCUUCUCCUCCUCGGGGCCCCUCGCCCGCCCCCCCAGAGCCGCCAUCCCUGGUUUGUAGCUUGGCGGAGCUGGAGGGAGGGCGGCAGCCAGGAGGGGGCGCGUCUCCUGUCCCCGGACCUGAGCCGGACUUUUCAGCCGACUUUCUCCCCUCACCUGUUUUGGCCUUGGGUGUGAGGCGCGGAGAGAAGAGCCUUAGGGGGCGGGGCCUCUUUGCCAUCUGUCCCUCAGCCCCAGAGCCGGGCUGGGAAGGAGGGAGGGGGGACGGCAGCCAGACGCCUUGGCCUCACCCCUGCCCAUCCAGGAGCCCCUGCAUCACAGCCUCGCGGCACUGGGUUCCCCGUCUCUUCCGGGGUGGGAAGGACAGCCGGCCGCACCGGGGCUCCUUUGGCCUACGAGGAGUCAGCCAGAGCUGGCUGGGGAUCAGGGCGUCGCGGAAAAAGCCCUGGCCGGGUGCCUCCAAGCCCCCACUCAGUCCUAGCCGCCUGCUCUGUGACCUUGGGCAGGUCACUGUCCCUGUCUCGGCCACAGUUGCCUCUAAAAUGGGGAUAGGCAGCUGCUGUCUGUCACCUUUUGCCUGAGCCGGCAGGGACCUGACCUUGACCGCCCCACCCUUCCCCAGCCGGAGUCACCAAGGCUCUGGCUUCCACGGCAGCCACCACCCAGCCCAGGAUGGGGCGUGGGGCUCCCGGAUGGGCGAGCUGGGUCCCCUUCCUGCUCCCCCUCCUCGGCUCUGAAUUCACCUUCUCUGGGCCUCAGCCCCCACCCCCCCUCUUCUGAGAAGGGACCCUGUAACUCACCUACCUCUUUCUCUCUCCCUCUCUUCCCCUCCCCUCCCUCCAUUUCAAUCUCCUCUCUGCCCUCCCCUGGCCUCGCCUCACCCCUCCUCACUGGCCCCACCCUGUCAUUCCUCUCCUGGUGUUCUGACCACCCCCCCACCCGUCCCCCUGCCCCUUCCCCC